GUCAAUGAGGCUAAAUAUAUGUGAUUUAAGACAAGUAGUGAAUUUGUUAUUGUACAGGUGGAACGCUAGACGGCAGGCAAGUUCGAUUUAGGCGCCUUUGUUACCCUAAAUGCAACCAGCAAUUCUUCCUGAAAUCUACAGCCCUGUAAGUCGUCAAGUUGUCACAAAAGAAACUGAUCUUUACAAAGUCGGUAAAGUAGACACCCACAGUGCCAAUUACCGACACCAACAACAAUCAACAAUUUAAAAGGUGCAAAUUAAUUUACUUCACACCGCAUAACCCAGCCGUUUUUUUAACCAUUCCCACCCAUGAAGCUCAACAAAGAAACAUUAUUUUCGACUCUACACUACUAGACAAGUUUAAUAAUUACUUUGAGCCUCGCUUAACAUCGCAGUCGAAAUGGACGAUUCCUGGACUAUGAAAGACAAGAAAAAGUUGCUGAUGGCGUUGCAACAGUACGGUCCGCAUAACAUUGCAGAGGUCCAGAAACUCCUCCCGGAUAAAACUAUAACCGACAUACGGCUGGCUUUCGAAAAAUAUUCAUUGCUAGCGGCUGAAAAAAUCUCCCAGCAGGAGCAAAACUGCGACGAGGAUUCAGCCAUAAACCAGUGGAUCAAAGUUAUUAAAAAAACCCAAGACAGUCAUAACGGAGUCGUCGACAUAUUGCCCCGAGUUUUGAAAUAUAUCGCUUUUUUUGAAAAAAGACCGAACGACAAGGAUGUGAAUUUGAGAGAUUGUUAUAUCGCGCUGUCUCAAAUGACAAGCGGGAUGGCGUCUAAGCAGUUGAACCCGAAAACGAACCAGUUCUUUUUCGAAAACUUGUCCAGGUUGGCGCUCAAAAUCAAGGAAGCGGACACGACGAAGAGGAGACAGUUCGUGAGGAACUUGAAAGAUCUCGAUCAUAUUUUUAAGCCACAGAUUGUUAAAACGUACAACAGAAAAAAGAAAAAGGUGAGCGUUAUUUUAAAUCCGUUGAAUGUGCCCGAGGAGCUUUUAAAAAAUGACGAAGCGCGAACUGAUAAAGAAGCUGUUUGACGCCCGUAGGUACUAAUAAAUAAAUAUGGUUGC